GAAACUAAACUAGACUAGAUCAAGGCAUGUCUUCACAAACGAACGAUCCACGUCAACCGUCAACGGCGAAGCCGUAUAAGCAACCGCCGGUAGCUCCACAAGAUCUUCCUAUUGAUUAUUCCGGUUUCAUCGCCGUCAUUUUCGGUGUCUUUGGUGCCAUGUUUAGGUACAAGGUUUGCUCGUGGCUUGCUAUAAUAUUCAGUGCUCAAUCCCUUGCUAACAUGAGGAAUAUGGAAAAUGAUCUUAAGCAGAUCUCAAUGGCCAUGAUGUUUGGUAUUAUGGGUCUAAUGACAAACUACUUGGGUGUUGGUCCCCGGGGAAGCAAGAAAACUUGAUGGAAUUGUUUAAGGCACAAGCUCAUUUAUAAGGACAUUGAUGUCGAACGUGCGCAUGUCUUCCGGAAACUUUUGGAUUGUUUUGAUGAUUUUGUAAUUUUGAGCUCUUUUUAUAGGGCUAUUCUGUUCUAACUUCUAAUUGCUCUUGGCAAAAACUAAACAAAAUUAUUACUUUCGUGAUAUAACAUUAUGUUAGCAUAUGCCAAGGGUAAAAAAGUUCCGUUAGGCAAGACCAA